CAUCUCCAGGCUCUCCGUGGCGAUGGCCGAGGCUGGUGGCGACGAUGGGUCCAAGGGACCUCGUCGUCAUCGCUGAGAAAGGACAGGUAGUUUGUAGAGACUUCCUGCACUCAAGGCAUCUUUGUCAGAAAUUUCCUCUUGCAACUACGCCCCAUGAAAGAUACUGCGAGCUGUGCUACUGCUAUGUAUGCGAUUCAGCUGCCCCUGUAAGAAGUGGUCCAAUAAAGGCCAUUGUGAUGCCACAGAGCACGACCAAAGGUGGAAGUCAAAGAGGCAGAAGAAAUCGAGGAAAAAGAGGGAAGGAUAAAUGGUACUGGGGUUGACUCUCUAUAUUGUCUGUUUUCUUGCUAGU